AUGAUCCCUCAACCUUUUCAUCACCCUGCAAGAGCCGGUGGUCCAUCGACCAACCAUCGCCAAGCCUCUCCGCCGGCUGCACCAAAUCCAGCGUUUGGUUCGCCAUUGCUUAGAACGAUGCGCGACCCGGCUUUUCACCAACCACAACACUACGCAAACGUCGCUGCCAUCAACACCCCGUGGCAACCACCACAAGAUCGUCUUUCCCGGCCGGAACCUCAUGCGCCAAACUAUUUGAUGAAUUCAGCUUGGACGGCCGGUCCGGCACAAGCAGCUGCCCUUUUGGGGCAGUAUGCGGGGGUUGCUCCAGGCACAGCAGGAGUGCCCUGGCAAGGUUCUGUCCCUACAGUGGCUCCUAUGAUGCCUGCGAUGCAGGGGCAGGUGUGGCCCACAGCUUCCGGCAUCCUCAACCAACGCCGUGGCCCACAUGCACCACAGCAAAGGGGUCGCGGUCAUGAAUGGUCUCAGAUCGAGCAAGACUAUCUUCUGAUGUAUAAAAGACAAGGGAUGACCCAUCCAAUGAUUGCGGAAACUCUUUCGAACAUGUUCAACGUCGAAAGGACACACCACAUGGUGACGAAGAAGCUGGCAGCGCUGAGAAGGGAAGCCAUCAAGCCCGAUAUGUACGAACAGUCGAUCAAGAACGUCUUGCCUCGAUCCAUCGACCUCCUCUUCGAGGAACUUUCCACUGAGAUGGGCAUGAAAUUCGCCCCCAGCGAGGAACGUAAGAAGCAUCUCGAGCGUUUCUUGCUGACCUGGUUUUCUGGCGUCAUUCUAGACAGCCAGAGACCAGUGGCUGGGGCGGGCGUAAACGCGAUGGGAUCUCAACGGCCGUGA